UCUAAACCCUAGCUCUGUCUCUGCAUAUGAAUAACAGGCUUCUAUUCCAUCCAUACUUGCCCAUAGCCAAUGUGUAUAUGUUUCACUAGUAUAUUUUUUGAACAUACAAUCUGGUUAGGAGAGUUAAGAAAACCUAAUUAUGAACAUGUAUAAGAUGGUUUUGAUCUCAAAAGAAUCAAUGUUGUUUUCCCAAACAAAAUAAAAUAAAAAUACUACAUUUGUCAUUAAACCAUGCAUAAACUUUACUAAAGAUAUAAAAAAAAGUACACCAUGUAAAAAUUAUGGAUAAAAGGAAAAAUAAAAUUUAUCCCAAAUUAAAAAAAGAUAAAAGUAAGUUUGAAAGUUUGUUAAUUUACAAAAGGUUUUGACGCGUUUACAGCUUAAUAAAAUAGUGUCACAGCUUAAUAAGACAGUAUAGCUAAAAAAACACAACAACAGUGUAUUAAGUUCAGUUAGCUAAUUUUGCUAAUUAUGUCUUUAUCGAUUCCACUUUCUGUUGCCCGAUCAGUUCCGGGCAGAACAACUUGUCUAAAGCUAGUUGCACUGUUAUAUUCCUAUAUAUAUCCUUCUAAGCCUUUAAGGUCAAGUGACAGACAAGACCAAGAAAAAAAAAACAAAGAGAGAAAGAACAUAUAACUUAAUAACCACAUUGAUAUUUAUCAAUAUCGUUUACUCUCUUUCUCGUUCUUCUUAAUUCAAUGGCUUCCAUCGACCCUCAUUUCUACUCCGGUUAUCAAUUCUCUCCUGAUGAAUUUUCAGAGAUUACGUCUGUAAUAGCUCAUCAAGAAAACUAUGGUACUGCUACUACAUUUGUUGCCACUAACUCUACUGCUGCUGCUGGUGCAAUGUUGAGUCAUGAGCAGAUUAACCUUCCAUUGUUUUACGAUAAUAAUGGUGGCCUCGUUGAGGGUUUUCCGACGACUGAAUCAGAUACCUUGUCGAGGGUUCCGGCAACGACGACAUCUUCAUUCGGCGAGCAACUUGGGUUUUCUGAUAUGUCUGUGCCUUCAUUGAUGGACUAUAAAAUGGGUCUUGGUAGCAUUGCUAAAAUUCAGAAUUUUGGUGGCGGAUUUCAGUUUUCGGAUGCCUGCGAGUAUGGAGAAGAUUGCUGUGGAUUUGUGCAAAAUUUCAAGUCUGUCUGUCCUGAAACCGGAGAAGAUUGGGGAAUUCAAUACAAUCAAAUGCCAGCCAUUCAUGAACAUGCCAAUAUGAAGGUUGGCCGGUAUACGGUCGAAGAGAGGAAGGAUAGAAUUCUUAGGUACUUGAAGAAGAGAAACCAAAGGAACUUUAAUAAGACUAUCAAGUAUGCCUGUCGCAAAACCCUAGCUGACCGGAGAGUUCGUGUCCGCGGGAGAUUUGCAAGAAACAAUGAACUAUGCGAUGAAGAAAUUGGAAGAAAAAAGAAUGAUAAUCCUCUCCAAGAAAAAGAGUCAUUUUGCCAAAAUAAUGCUCUCGAGAUGAAGAAUGAUGAUGAUGAUUGGCUGCAAGAGGCAGUAGCAAGUCUGAUGUAUGUACCCUAUAUAACCGAUUGACUUGUAUAGAAUUGGACAGCGACUGAAAAAGGAGUGUUGAGAUUUUAUUUCACAAGCAUCUUAAGUGAUUUUUGUGGUAUUUACUUAUCUAACAAGAAGCUAAUUAAUGUUGAGGAUCAGUUAUCUUAACAUCAUUUUCAUAUUGGGUUGUUUUCUGCAUGAACGUUAGUCACCAAACUGAAGUCCAAUAUACAAAAAGAUUCACUUACGUACCCUGUCAUAUGAUAAUCUCACCUCUUCUUUCACUUUAAAUAUUUGCUUCAGCUAUGACAAGCUUUGGAACAACUGUUGUAAUUAAUGCUGUAUAUUAUGAGAUUGAAAUCGUCUUGGGAAUUUUACUGUGGCCCCAAUUCCAUUUUAUGUAC